AUGGUUUUACCAGAAGCCGUAACAAUUGCCCAAUUGGAACUGGAAGUUUGCCAAAGCUGUGCAAUUUCUGUAGCUACAAGGAUCAUCCAACUGUGUCCUAACCAGAAGGCAGCUUCUGUAUGUAACGAGAAUUGUUCACUACAGUACUCAGACUCGCAAUUUUUCUCAGUUGCUGACAUUGUUCCACGACUUCUUUUUAUUAACACGGAGACUGCAGAUGAUUCGGGUCUUUUCAACAGUAAAUUAGAAAGUUUGCUUGGGAACAUCUCAGUUAACGCUGCAGCUGAUCCUUACAGAUUAGCAGUUGGGAGGACAAGUUACACAAGUUUGAUUGAUAUAUAUGCAAUGGCUCAGUGCACUAGAAAAUUAACAGUAAAUGAAUGUUUUCGCUGUCUUGAAAGUAUUAUCGGCUUUAUUUCACAGCGUUCCAGUAAAAAUGUCGGGGCUCGGGCAUAUGCUCUCAGCUGCAACAUUCGCUAUGAGACAUAUUCAUUCUUUUCAUUGUCAUCACUGCCACCACCUCCUCUACCACGUACUCCACCACCACCUCCUUCUCCUGCAACUGCAACAAAAGAUUCAGUUAGCAAUGAUGAAAAGUUUGUCAAGGGAAUAGGAACUGAUUAUGUUAUAAAUAUACCUGUUCCUGCAGGAAAAAGUUUCAAAACUGUUAUCACUAUUGUCAUAUCAGUAACUGUUACAUUCGCAGUGAUGAUGGCCAUUGUUUGUGGUUGCUUAUUUUGGAAAAAAGGCAAGACAAAGAGAGUUGGGUACUUAGUUCACAAUUCUAGACCCAAUGAUGAACAAGUAAUUAGCUCUGGUGUUAAUGAAGAAGGUUAUACUACCAUAGAUUCACUUUCCAUUGGACUAAAUACACUUAGGGAAGCAACUGGAAAUUUCUGUGAUGAAUAUAAGCUUGGACAAGGUGGCUUUGGUCCAGUUUACAAGAUUGUCAUGAUGGUCAGUGGUUACACUCUGAUGCCUCCCACGCCAUCACGGCCGGCUUUUUUUGUGUCAAGCGCAAGUUCUGGAUCAGAUUCAGGAACAGAAGAGUCUGGUUCAUCUCAGUUGCUGGAGUUAUCACAACGAUCUAUAAAUGAGAUUUCCAUCACUCAAUUAGAUCCUCGCUAG